AUGCCAGGUAAGAUUGAAAGCACUGCCUUCCUGUCCCAAUUGGAGGACAUGGACAAGUAUUUACUCGAGUAUCGUAGUUUGAAACUUAUGCCUCAAGUAACGAAUGCCUUUGGCGCUAUGCGUUUCAAUAACAAUAAUUUUGAAAUGGAUAACGACUUGUUAAAGAAUAGUAAGAAAUUAAACGGUAUCAAUGGUGGUAAUAAUAAUAAUAAUAAUAAUAACAACAGUAACAAUAAUAACAACAAUAGAAAGAAGUUUAUGAAUAAACAGGCAUUUAGAUUAAACAGUCCAACUGCAGUUAAAUUUCCUCACACAAAAGCUGUUCCUCCAACGGCAGCACCAACAGCGGCGCCUGCAGGUGCAACUACCCCAUUAGUCAAUUCGCAUAAUUUUAACAAGGCAAACUCCGCUACCUAUCCAUUGUACUAUAAUACGGCUAAUAAUAACAGUAAUGCAUCAUUAGCUCAACCACCACUAUCGUCGUCCACAUCGUCGCCUUCAUUUGUACCACCAAGAGUCGAUUCUUCUCUGAGUGGGUAUGAUCCAACAUUCGACUACGUGGUACCAACACCAACACCCACUGAUUAUACGAAUCAGUUUAGUACACCAUUUUCUAGUUAUUUGAACUCGGGAAUUAACCCAAACAUGAGUUCAUCAGUUGGUGCUACUACAGCAGGGACGCCUGUUGCUUCUUCCGCGAAUUUAGCAACAUCAGGUAGCAGUGAUAUGGUCAACAAUCUAGUGGGCACAAACACUUUUAAUUCAGGUGUUUCUGCACCACUUGCAUUUGACCAACCACUACCAACUUCAUCUAUUUCUGCAUCAAUGGGAGCGUCAGGUUUGGCUUCUACUCCAACUACAGCUGAUCUAUCUGGGAACAAUUUGGGCAGUGAUCAGUUGCUAAUGAAUGAUUUAUCUCUUGGCUGGGGAUCAAAUCAUGUCUCAUCGGCUGGAGCUGGUAAUUAUGGGAUUUGGAAUAACGAUAUGAGCGUUUGGAGCUAA